GAGAGUUCGGCGUAGUGCUUGCCAAGCAAAACUAAACAAAUCUAAGCGGAGGAUAGCCGCCGUCGGGCGCCGAGAGUAGAGUUUGCGCGUUUGCCGUACUGCUGGGCGCCGUCGAUAGCGCAUUUACUGCUGUUGUGCGUCGUAACCCAAUCCUUCCGAUUCGUUGCUUCGAUAAUCCGUGUGCCGCACUGACAUCGGGCAUCAUCGCAAGAUGACGAUCAUCACGCAGCCUUUGACGGAAAAGAAGCUGGCCAAGUCGCCACAGGCCAAGCCUCUCGUUCAGCACGAGUCGGGCAACGAAGGCGAUGUGGAAGGCAGCCCUGUGAUAGUGACUAUGCGCGCCCGUCGCGUAAGCACAACCACAACACUGUGCGUCUUUUUCACUGCAUUCCUGGUGCUGGCGACAGGCAUCGUUGGUGGCGUGUACCUUUAUCGCCAGUUCACACACUACAAGGUCCGCCACUUCCGCGGAUGGUGUGGUGUGCCGUAUGUGUCAGACUCCAAGAUGCCGCCAGUGAUGUCAGGCUCGGAGUUCUUGCGCCAGAGCUCAAAUCGUGCCUACGGUUCAUCACCAGAAGUUGCCAACUCCAUCGUAGACCCUGUUAGGGACAACAACAUUUUUCAGGAACGGUUUGACCUGGACAUGGAAUAUGAACAGUAUGAAGAGAUAGAGGUGCCCGACUUCUCCCACGGACGCCGGGGGCGCUUCAUUCACGACUUUGCGGCCAACAAAACGGGUAUUGUGGACGUAGAGGGACGUCGGUGCUUUGUGAUGCCACUCAACCGCAGCCUCGUCCUGCCCCCACACUCGCUGUUUGACCUGAUCGUCAAGAUGCGGGCUGGCUACUAUGACGUGGACACGGAGAUAGUGCGUGAGCGAAUGCGCGUCGUGAUGCCCCCCAUCCUGGACUUUCGGGACGUGGGUUACUACAUCACCCGUGAAUGCUCUUCCCUGCCCACUUAUCGCCUUGAACGCAUGACUGUGCCAGUGUUCAAGCGCAGCCUCGGGCAAAGUGAUCGUGCCACUUUUGUUGAGUUUGCCGGCAACAAGGUCGGUGAAUUCGAAAUAGUCAACAUCGAUGAAGCAGUUGGAGCCACAAGCUCCCAAGCCUGAAACAGCAAAAUCGGGAUGGUACCUGCCAUCACCUGGAUAUAAGAGCACGGGGAGGGCCGACGGCAGGAGUUAGUGCACCCACUUCUGGAGAGCUGGGUGUUUUUGUCCACAGAGGAAAGCGCCAUUGUGGUGGCAUAUUUUUUGUUCCCCGUUUGUUCUCUUUGUCCUACCCCUCCCCCCCCCCUCCCCAAUUUGUUCACUUUGUAGCAGUUAGAUUUAUUCCAUGUAAAAGUGGCAGCCACUAAUGUCGUGCAGUUUUCCAUUCUUUUCCUCCUUUCCUUUCCUCAUUUUGUCUGCAUUGUUUACUCUCUUUUUCUGUGCUGUGGAAUUUUCUAGGACACUGAGUACUGAAUCUGGCUACUAUAGCUAUUUUUCUCUUUGCUGUCAUCAUUUGGAGGGCUAGUUACGCUGCUUUACUACUUUGUAGACUUGUAAUUUACUGCUGAGCCAGGCUCAUUUAAUAACACGUGUGCACGCAUUUCUUUUAUUCUCUCAGUGGCGUUGUGCUUUCGUUGCACAUAUCAUUCCGUAUUGUCUUCUUACGCUUGGUAUUGACGGGGUAUCUAGUCAUUCUUACAUGAAUGGUUUACAAUGACUGGUGCAAUUGUACGUUGUCUGUAGCUCUUCAUCUUUCACAGUGGUCAUUUUUCUUCUUUACUCCUGUCACUGUUGAAAGACUGUGUGUCUUUGAGCUGUCUCCUUGACGUAAGCCUGUCAUCACCGACUUGUUAGCACAAAUACGAAAAGUGUCUACACGGCAUAGGUAAACACGUACAAAAGAUUUAUCAUUUAGCACUGGCAGUGCUGCUACGUCUCCUCCUCUUUUUGUCACAUUUUGUUUGCGCAUGUGGUUCAAAAAGGGGACCGAACACGCACGCCUUGUCUUUCCAGAGCAGUCGGAAACAGCACUGUGCACAAUUUAGCAUAGGCUUACUGUGCUCUCAUCUCAGUGGCUCACUUCGGGAGUAUGACAUCUUGUGCCGUCAGCUGGAUCCUGAAUCUGAGCACAGUGCACUGGAUUGAGUAGGUUCAUCGAGGUCCCUCUCUCGCUGUCAAAUUCCGCAUUUUAUAUGGUAUAGUUUGCAGCAGCGCAUGGCUCGUAUGGGUCUUACCAUCGUAAAUGAUUAAAGGCAUACUGCACUUGCUGUAGUGUGCAAACUUCGUUAAAGUUGUUCUCUGGCUUUUUUUACAGACCUCCCAUAUGUGAAAUGCUCCUAAAACAUCAUUCGCUAGGGUGUCGCAGGGUGCACCACGUGAACCGCUAAGUUUAGUUACUAUUUCGGGCAUUGCCAGUGCCAUGGUACAUGUUGAGAUGCUUAACGUGCACUUGUAGCAUAUUAUAUAUAUAAAUAUAUACAUAUAUAUACUUAUUGUAUGUAUAUUUACUCCAGCUUGCCGUGUUUGUUCUGUGUAUUUUUUGGUUUUGUUUCUGUUCUUGAACAGUUACAAGCUUCGAGAACAAAAUGUAGUUGCCAAGUUAGCAUGCUAUGUUGUUGUCUUGCUCAACAAUGGGGCAAGUAGGAAAAAUAGGAGAGUACAAAGGUGGUGGCGUCCCCAAACAUGUAUACAUUGUCUGGUUUUGGUGCAUUUUGGCUUUUUUUUUUUAGGAUAAAAGCACUCAUGGUCUUUGUUCGGGCACGAGUUUAUAUUUUUGCCAGGUUUGAUUGAUUCAACCAAUGGUUUGUGUUCAUCCAAGGGGUCAUGGUAUCAGCAUGCGUGUAAUAUUUGUUAGUAAUGGUUCACAAGAGGACUUAAAGCACCAAGGCUGGUAAUCAGUGACUUGUUCACCAAUUGUUGACUCUCAUGUCCAACAAAGUGACCAACUUGUGUGCAUCUCACAUAGUAUUUCUUGAGAGAGAUUUCAAAAAGUGACCAGUCAGUUGCAGCUAGCUGCUGCUGUUCUUGAGAAACGGAACUGGAAAGUGUUAAAGACGACGUCUAAGUGCUUGCUCAGCUGUGUCACUGCUUUUGUCAAUUCAUUUCUAGUGAUGCCAUAUUUUCUUAUUUUCAUGUGUACACAUUACCGAGACCAUUUUAUAAUAAGUUGCUGCAUUUUUUAUUAAACUUUUGUUGUCAUGUUCGGCGUAAAUGGUGCCACGCAAGCGCAGGGGUAAUGAGUGUUGUUAAGGUUAAGAAAAAAAAAGAGUUGCUAUUACAACUGCUGCUACUACUUAUACUGCUGGUAUCGCACAUGAUACACAUUACCACCCUGUACACACAGUUCCACCAACUGCAGUGCACGAGCAAAACCUCUGUAUUGUAGUGGUUCCAAUCUUUCACAGUGUCUCCUUUCUGAUUGGUUAAUAAAAGGAGCUUGGAACAA